ACUUGAAGAGGCCCAAACUUGAAGAUGUAUCAUCAUCGACCUCUAUUGAUAGUGUGAUGACUUGCAGCAAUGAAGGUGAUAUUGAAAUCAGCAUUAGUUCUGAAACCCAUGGAUGCAAUUUAAAUUUGGAUUAUGGGAAUGGGCAAUAUAAUGGUAAUUCUGCUGACAAGUAUCUGGAAUCUUACUCCGAUGGCUUACAUGAUGCAUGCAAGGAGCCUGCUAAUAUAGCAGAGCAGAAGGGUCAUUCUGAUGACAAUAGUCCCUCUGGAAACCUUAAUGUGCUGCGAAAUCUUCCUCAGAAUUGUGAGCUGAUGAACUCGGUUAAAGUGGCUAGAAGUUCCUGGCUUCGAAACUGUUUAUUUCCUUCAAGACUGUGUGAUACGCUUUUUGUGUGUGCUGUCACUUGAUCGCUUUGGAGAUUAUGUAUCUGAUCAGGUUGUUGCUCCAGUGCGCGAAACCUGUGCACAGGCAUUAGGUGCUGCAUUUAAGUAUAUGCAUCCAGCACUAGUAAAUGAAACAUUGAACAUAUUGUUGAAAAUGCAGUGUAGGCCAGAAUGGGAGAUUCGUCAUGGCAGUCUUCUUGGUAUCAAAUAUUUGGUUGCUGUUCGGCAGGAGAUGCUUUCUCAUUUGCUUGGACGUGUUCUUCCUGCUUGUAAAUCUGGGUUGGAGGACCCAGAUGAUGAUGUCCGAGCAGUUGCUGCUGAUGCUUUAAUACCAGCAGCAGCUGCAAUUGUUUCCUUGCAGGGUCAAACAUUACAUUCAAUUGUGAUGCUUUUAUGGGAUAUAUUGCUUGACUUGGAUGAUUUAAGUCCAUCAACUAGCAGUGUAAUGAAUCUGCUGGCUGAAAUCUAUUCUCAAGAAGAGAUGGCUCCAAAGAUGUAUAAAGUUUUUAAAUUGGGUGACAAGGAAAUGGAAAAUGGAGUAGGUGGUUGUGGCGAUGAUGAUGGAGAAGAAGAUCCUUAUGUGCUUACAGCAUUGGCGCCGCGUUUGUGGCCCUUUAUGAGGCACAGUAUCACAUCUGUUCGUUAUUCUGCAAUCCGGACUUUGGAGAGGCUACUUGAAGCUGGAUAUAAAAGAAGCUUGUCUGAGUUGUCUAGUGCUUCAUUCUGGCCCUCUUUUAUAUUUGGAGAUACCCUUAGAGUUGUCUUCCAGAAUCUGCUAUUGGAAACAAAUGAGGAUAUUUUGCAAUGUUCUGAGAGAGUUUGGAGUCUCCUUGUUCAGUGUUCUGUGGAGGACUUGGAGAUGGCUGCAAGGUCUUAUGCAGCUUAUUGGAUAGAACUUGCAUCAACACCAUUUGGCUCAACAUUAGAUGCCUCAAAGAUGUAUUGGCCAGCUGCUUUUCCACGAAAAAGUCAAAUUAGAGCAGCUGCUAAAAUGAGAGCUGCCAAGAUUGAAAAUGAAUGUGGUUUGGAUUUUAGUUUUGAAUCUACAAAAGGAACUGUUCCACAAGAUAGAAAUGGAGAUGUUCCUAUGAGUUCUGUUAAGAUAGUUGUUGGUGCUGAUGUGGACACAUCUGUAACUCAUACCCGGGUAGUUACUGCAACUGCUUUGGGAAUUUUUGUUUCUAAGCUGCCAGAGGGUUCCUUAAAAUAUGUGAUUGAUCCACUGUGGAGCUCUCUAACCUCGUUGUCUGGUGUCCAACGCCAGGUUGCAUCGAUGGUACUUGUUUCUUGGUUUAAGGAGAUUAAGAACAGGAAUUCGUCCAAAAACCUUGAUGGUAUCCCCGGUGCCCUCAAAGAUUGGUUGCUGGACUUAUUAGCAUGUUCUGACCCAGCAUUACCAACAAAAGAUUCUCUUCUUCCUUAUGUUGAACUUUCCAGAACUUAUGCAAAGAUGCGUAGUGAAGCUGGUCAAUUGCUAAAUGCAGUCAAGUCUUCUGGUAUGUUUAAUGAGUUAUUGUCUGCAACCCAAAUUGAGUUGGAUCGCUUGAGUGUGGAUGAUGCCAUUGGUUUUGCAUCAAAAAUUCCAGCAUUGUGUAAUGAUAGUUCUUCAAAUGAAUCCUUGGGAAAAAACAUUAUGGAUGAUAUUGAAUCCUCCAAACAGAGACUCUUGACAACUUCUGGAUAUUUAAAAUGUGUUCAGAGUAAUUUGCAUGUUACAGUCACAUCUGCAGUUGCAGCUGCAGUUGUCUGGAUGUCUGAAUUUCCCACACGACUUAACCCAAUCAUUUUGCCUUUGAUGGCUUCAAUCAAACGAGAGCAGGAGGAAAUACUGCAAAUGAAGUCAGCCGAGGCCCUUGCUGAGCUAAUGUAUCACUGUGUUGCACGUAGACCUUGCCCCAAUGAUAAAUUAAUUAAGAAUAUUUGUAGUUUAACUUGCAUGGAUCCCUCUGAGACCCCUCAAGCCAAAUCCCUUUGUACCAUGGAGAGUAUUGAUGACCAAGGUCUUCUGUCUUUUAAAACUCCUGUGAGCAAACAGAAGUCAAAGGUCCAUGUGCUUGCUGGUGAAGAUCGGGCAAAGGUUGAGGGAUUUUUAAGUAGACGUGGAUCUGAGCUAUCAUUGAGGCUUCUAUGUGAAAAGUUUGGUGCGUCAUUGUUUGAUAAGCUUCCUAAGCUGUGGGAUUGCCUUACUGAAGUGCUUAAGCCCAGCUCGUCUGAAUCUCUACAUGUCACUAAUGAAAACCAAGUUACUAUGUCUAUUGAGUCUGUUAGUGAUCCUCAGACCUUGAUUAACAAUAUUCAGGUGGUGCGCUCUGUUUCUCCCGUGUUAAAUGAGGAGUUGAAGCCAAAACUGUUGUCACUUCUCCCGUGCAUUUUCAAAUGUGUUCAACAUUCUCAUGUUGCAGUUAGAUUAGCUGCUUCACGCUGCAUCACUUCAAUGGCACAGUCAAUGACUGUGAAAGUUAUGGGAGCUGUGGUUGAAAAUGCUAUCCCUAUGUUGGAAGAUGCAUCAUCAGUUUAUGCUCGACAAGGAGCAGGCAUGUUAAUUAGUUUUCUUGUUCAGGGGCUGGGUGUAGAGUUGGUCCCUUAUGCUCCUCUAUUGGUGGUUCCACUUCUAAGGUGCAUGAGUGAUUGUGAUCAGUCUGUCAGACAGAGUGUGACCCAUAGUUUUGCUGCUCUUGUACCUUUACUUCCUUUGGCGCGAGGCCUUCCUCCACCAAUUGGAUUAGGGGAAGGUGUUUCUAGAAAUGCUGAAGAUUUGCAGUUUUUGGAGCAACUACUUGACAACUCUCAUAUUGAAGAUUACAAGUUGUGCACUGAUUUGAAAGUAACAUUGAGGAGGUAGCAGCAGGAAGGCAUCAAUUGGUUAGCUUUUUUGAAACGUUUCAAGCUUCAUGGAAUUUUAUGUGAUGACAUGGGACUUGGAAAGACACUUCAAGCAUCAGCAAUUGUGGCCUCUGGUAUAGCUGAGCAUCGAGCUUCAUUUGGGAAUGAGGAUCUUCUGCCAUCUUUAAUUAUCUGCCCAUCAACUCUAGUUGGGCACUGGGCAUUUGAGAUAGAGAAGUAUAUUGAUGUUUCUGUUAUAUCUAGUCUUCAAUAUGUUGGUUCUGCUCAGGAUCGAGUGCUUCUUCGAGAUCAUUUUUGCAAGCAUAAUGUCAUCAUAACAUCAUAUGAUGUUGUCCGUAAAGAUAUUGAUUUUUUGGGACAGCUGCUGUGGAAUUACUGCAUUUUAGAUGAAGGGCAUAUAAUCAAGAAUGCCAAGUCUAAAGUUACACUUGCUGUAAAACAGUUGAAAGCCCAACACCGCUUGAUAUUGAGUGGGACACCCAUACAGAAUAACAUAAUGGACUUGUGGUCUCUUUUUGAUUUUCUGAUGCCUGGAUUUCUUGGAACUGAGAGACAGUUCCAAGCCACAUAUGGAAAACCGCUUUUAGCUGCAAGAGAUCCUAAAUGCUCCGCGAAGGAUGCUGAAGCAGGAGCUCUUGCUAUGGAGGCAUUGCAUAAGCAGGUAAUGCCUUUCCUCCUUCGUAGGACAAAGGAUGAAGUCUUGUCUGAUCUGCCAGAGAAAAUAAUUCAAGACAGAUACUGUGAUUUGAGCCUUGUACAACUCAAACUUUACGAACAGUAUUCUGGUUCCCGUGUAAAACAAGAAGUGUCAUCUAUUGUGACAACAAAUGAAUCUGCAGCAGCAGAAGGAAGCAGUGGUUCUACUAAAGCUUCUUCACAUGUUUUCCAGGCGCUUCAAUACUUGCUAAAACUCUGUAGUCAUCCAUUGCUUGUCAUUGGUGAGAAGAUUCCAGAUUCACUGUCUAGCAUCCUCUCAGGAGUGUUUCCUGCUGGCUCUGAUGUUAUUUCAGAACUUCACAAACUCUGUCACUCUCCAAAAUUGGUUGCUCUUCAGGAGAUUCUUGAAGAAUGUGGAAUUGGAGUUGAUAAUUCAUGUUCUGAGGGUGCGGUUAACAUUGGGCAGCAUAGGGUCUUGAUAUUUGCUCAACAUAAGGCUUUCCUGGAUAUAAUUGAAAGAGAUUUGUUUCAUACACACAUGAAAAGUGUUACAUAUUUGCGGUUAGAUGGAUCAGUUGAGCCAGAAAAGCGCUUUGAAAUUGUCAAAGCUUUCAAUUCUGACCCUACCAUCGAUGUCUUACUGCUUACAACACAUGUGGGUGGGCUUGGUUUGAACCUGACAUCUGCAGAUACCCUUGUUUUUGUGGAGCAUGACUGGAAUCCGAUGCGAGACCAUCAGGCUAUGGAUAGAGCACACAGGUUAGGUCAGAAAAAGGUAGUUAAUGUCCAUCGGCUAAUAAUGCGUGGUACUUUGGAAGAGAAAGUUAUGAGUCUGCAAAGGUUCAAAGUGUCGGUGGCUAAUGCUGUCAUUAAUUCGGAAAAUGCUAGUAUGAAAACAAUGAAUACAGAUCAGUUGCUUGAUUUAUUUGCAUCAGCAGAGACGUCGAAGAAGGGGGCAUCUGUUGCGAAGAGUUCAGAGAACUCUGAUGGAGACGCUAAAUUAGUAGGCAGUGGAAAGGGAUUGAAAUCAAUACUUGGAGGAUUGGAGGAGCUUUGGGACCAAUCACAAUAUACGGAGGAGUACAACCUGAAUCAAUUUUUAGCAAGGCUUAAUGGCUAGUAUUCCAGAUUCAUUAAAGAGUCAGUGUGUACAUAUCCAAGAGUACAAAUUUUGACAUUGUAACAUCUCAUUUUUUUCCCCACCAUGCCCUUCAGUCAUUUUUUGUCGUCACUUUUUGGAUAACCCAAUGUUUGGCACCUGCUCGCGUGUCAAGGUAAAUCAGUGUCUGUAUUUUACAGGGCAUUGAGGAUAGAGUGACUGGUGGUGUGAUAUGUAGAGAAAUGAACCAGUGUCGGCUUCAGGAGGCAUGGAGUAAUAUUUUUUGGAUUUUGUAUAUAUACAAUCAUUCCUAAUUAUAGUUAUAAUCAUUGCUAACACGUAAUGCCUUGCCUUUUGCAA